CCGACUGGCUCACUAGCACUUCAACUUUUAUCAUGUUUUUAAGUGUUUAACAGACAACCUUCAGUGUAACUGUGUGCGCGGGUUUAACUGGGAUGGAUAGAUGAUUUAAUCAGAGUAUUUUGUAGGAAUCAGCCAAACUAAACUAAACUAAAAUGAGUGAUGUUGUGGAGAAGACCCUGACAGCCCUGCCGAGCCUGCUGUCUCUAGACUCACAACCUGGAGCUGCUAAACUGUCCUCCACCUCAAAACUGGGAACCCUCAUCAGAGGAAUCACUGAGCUCACGUCCAAACAUGAGGAAGAGAAACUCAUUCAACGUGAACUGACAUCUAUCAAAGAACAGGUGUCAUCCCCCAACACCUCCAUGAGGCAGAUGAAGGAGCUCAUGGUGAGAGCCAUCUACUGUGAAAUGUUGGGUUAUGAGGCUGCGUUCAGCUACAUUCACGCCAUCAAACUGGCUCAACAAGGCACCGCUCUAGAGAAGAGAGUUGGUUACCUCGCUGUGUCCUUGUUUCUGAAUGAAAGUCAUGAGCUGCUCCUUCUCCUUGUGAACACUGUAUUAAAGGAUCUUCAGAGCACUAACCUCAUUGAAGUGUGCAUGGCUCUAACUGUUGUCAGCCAGAUGUUCCCCAAAGAUAUGAUACCUGCAAUCCUUCCUCUGGUGGAAGAGAAACUCACUCACCCAAAAGAAAUAAUACGGCGAAAAGCUGUUCUGGCUCUGUACAAAUUUUACCUAAUAGCACCGAAUCAAGUUCAACACAUCCACAACAAGUUUCGCAAAGCUUUGUGCGACAAGGAUCCUGGUGUUAUGACAGCCUCACUACACAUCUACUUACAGAUGAUAAAGGAGAAUCCAGAGGGGUAUAAGGACCUGGCAGCAUGUUUUGUGACCAUACUGAAGCAGGUAGUGGGAGGAAAACUGCCCAUGGACUUUAACUAUCAUAGUGUUCCUGCUCCCUGGCUUCAAAUCCAGCUUCUCAGAAUACUGGCCUUACUUGGGAAAAACGAUCGAGGUACAAGUGAGAUCAUGUAUGAAGUCCUUGACGAGUCUUUACGAAGAGCAGAGAUGAACCAUAAUAUCACCUAUGCAAUAUUAUACGAGUGUGUAAAAUGUAUUUACACAAUUCAUCCCAAAUCUGAACUUUUGGAAAAAGCUGCAAAGUGCAUUGGCAACUUUGUGCUAUCACCUAAGAUUAAUCUCAAAUAUCUGGGCUUGAAGGCCCUCACAUAUGUAGUCCAGCAGGAUCCUAAACUGGCCCUGCAGCAUCAGAUGACCAUCAUAGAGUGUCUAGAUCACCCUGACCUCAUCAUCAAGCGUGAGGUGCUGGAGUUGCUCUUUCGGAUCACUAACGCCCAGAAUGUCACAGUCAUUGUUGAGAAGAUGCUGGAGUUUCUGCGCAUCAGUAAAGACGACUACACUACCAUUGACCUGGUGGGGAAGGUGGCAGAACUGGCAGAAAAGUAUGCACCAGACAACGAGUGGUUCAUUGAGACCAUGAACACAGUGUUUUCAGUAGGUGGAGAUACGAUGCAGCCUGACAUCCCAAACAGUUUCCUUAAACUGCUCUCUGAGGGAUUUGACAGCGUGGAGGAGGACAGAAAGUUGAGGCUGUUCGCCGUGGAUUCUUAUGUGUCUCUGCUGCAAGGAGGGCUGGGCAAACUGCCACAGCGCUUCCUACAAGUCAUCAGCUGGGUCCUCGGCGAAUACUCCCAUUUAAAGGAGGACCUCGAACCAGCCGCAGUCCUGACGCUUCUGACCAAGCUGUUGGACAUGAAGCACACCAGCAGUGAAACAAAGAGCUGGGUCCUCAUGGCAAUGACCAAGCUCUGUGAGGGUGGGUCGGGUGUAUCUGUGGCUCAGGAGGUUUCUGAAACAUACAGCAGCUCCAUGGACACGGUGCUGAGACAGAGGGCUCAGGAACUGCAGCACCUCAGCCACAACUCUGAGCUACGAGUCAGAGUGCUGCCCCGAGAUGCCCGCCUGGAGCCCCUGGAGGUGGACUCCUCUCUGUCAUUUCUGGAUGGAUUUGUGUCAGAGGCGUUGGCAGCUGGCGCUGCUCCAUACAAGCCUCCCCAUCAACGGCAAGAGGAACUAGCCCAGGCAAAAGCUUUGAGUCUGGAGCCCUACAGCCUGUCCCUGCCUAUAAGCAUGUCCUCCUGCAGCAUAGCCGACAGACAGUCUCCUACACUGCUGUCCAUAAGCUCCGGUCUAUCAGGCGAUAGCACCGACAUCACGCACAAAGGAGGCUCAACUACUCUGAAGCUGGAGGGAGUGAAGAGGGUGUGGGGGAGGGAGGGUUAUCUGGCCCAGACCCAGAAGGAACCUGUGGAGGAGACUGCCCAGGUUGAGGUUCCCACUCCUGUCCGGUCACCCAGCCAGCAAAGGGAGGCUGACAGCCCACAUGGCCAGACCCCAACUCCAACACCGACUCCUGAGCCGGAGCAGGAGAAACAGCAGCUGGCCUCUUCGCUGUUUGUCGGCCUGGGCUCCCAAAGCGCUGUGUGUUUGAUGGGAAAGUCUGAGCCGACGCCCCAGAGGUUCAGAAGAAAAGCCAAAGCUCAGGGUUCGUCUGCAGGUGCCAACGAGCAAAUAUCCAACUCCCUCUUCACGUCUUCUACCGCGGUGGAUAACUUGCUGUGUAACAAUCUACUGGACUCCAAUGUCACCUCAGAACCAGAAGUUUCUUUAUCCAAACAGACAUCCCAACUCGCUCAGGGCCUCACCACUGCUAACGGCACCUGUGGUGUAGGAGAGCUGACCGACAGUGACAUUAAGGAAACUAAGCCGUCUCUCAUCAGGGAUAACGGGAUGGUAACUGCUGAUCCUGCUCCCCAUGAAGACCGAGCUGCACCUAAAGACUUGUGUCUCAGCUCCCAUCUUCCUGCAGAGUUCUCUGGGCUCUCCUGCUCAGAAAUCACUCCUUUGUGCUGCAACCAAAGUCUGGAUCUCUCAGCCUGUCAUGUGCAGAAAGAGGAUUCUUUAGUGCUAGUUGUUUUUAUGACCAACUCCUCUGACUCUGACAUCCAACAGAUACUAUUGCAGUUUGACUCAGAGGAACUUGAGGCAUCCUGUGUGUCUGACAGUCCAGUGGAGGAGGUGAGGAGUCACAGCGUGGCAGUGUGUCAGUAUUCCCUGACUGUGAAGAGGCCUUCAGUUCAUAUUGAAGUCGUCGGAGCGGUGUCUUUUCACGAACCUGUCGGGACGCCGCAGGCAGUGCAGUUCUCAUACAAGCUACCUUUAACAAACUUCAUCAGACCUUUUCCAGUGUCCACAGAGGAGUACGGGACAAUGUGGCUGACCUUCUCUAAUGAUACGAAGCAGAACCUGACGCUCUUAAGUGACGUCCAUGAACCUCUCACAGCCACGCUGAAUGUGCUGAAGAAGAAACUUCACCUUCAUGUUGUGGAGAUCAUAGGGAUGGAGGGUAUCGUGGCUUGCCGGCUCCUCCAGGAUCAGCCGUGUCUGAUGCACUGUCGCGUGCAUGCGGACACGCUGGCUGUGUGGCUGCGCUCUCCGGUCCCCGAUCUGCCCGACUGCCUGCUCUACCACUGUCAGAGAGCUUUACAGGAGCACUGAGCCCCAACUGCAACACCUGCACUGACACCACUGAGCAACACGAGCAACAGACUGAAGAGGAAGGUACACAGAGCGUCUGACGGUGUGCGUCCUCAUCUUUAUAUCACAGUGUUAACCAUUUCUUUUUCACUUCCACAAUAUGUUACUUAGCAGGAUUUUGUGGGUUUUUUUUGUCCACUCAGUCAUUGAUUUUCAACAAAAUACUUGACAGGAUUACAAUUGUUUGAAAGUCAUGGCUGGUUAUUAUCUUAAGGCCAAACGAUGAUGUAUUGAAACUCUUGUGGUGUUUGAUGUUUCAGAGAAACACUAAUGUCUUAAAAUGAUGACAGGGCUCCAUAAUGACUUGAAAAGUUUAAUUUAAAGUUUUGUAUGUGAGUGAAAUGAAUAUUACAGAUUACAUUCUGAUGAAAAUCAUGAAUUAGUAAUUAUAUUUUCACAGCAGGGGAGAUUUUGUCCUGCUUUCUAAGACAUAAAGUUUGGUCUCAGGUUUUCAUUUGGCAUCUUAAAACAUUUUAUUGCUGUCACCAGUGUCUCUCCAAGUUCAUUACUACUGAUUUGAAAUGGAAAGAAUAACACAAACUCGGACAUUGGAUUAGUUCAUUAUCAGAUGUUUUUUGGAGAAGCACUGAUCAAAAGAUAUUGAAAUCUUUAAGAGUACUAAACUUCUGUUAUAGACUUAGUUUUAGUAUUUUAGGAAUAUUUUGCCUUGAAUCUAACACUGAAGUUAAUGUCCAUAUUGUCCAUUUGUCAUGUGGUAAAUUCAGUUGUUUGUGUUUUGCUGAGGCUGCACUCUGUGUAAUAUGAUUAUCUAUGCACUCAUGUUUCUGGUCUGUCAGUCGGGUGAGAGGUGGAUUUUAGUGGUGUUUAAUUAUUAUAUUUUUGUAUAAAUGCAGUAUUGAAGAAAAACCUAUUUAUUGGAUUUAUAUUCUUACUGAAAAUAUUUUAUAUUAGUUUCAUUUAAAAGAAAGAAAAAAAAUCAUUGUGCUUCGUGUACUGUUUGACUGUGUUGUGGCAUGUUUGGUCUUCAGUUUGUCUGACUUGUCUCAGCCUGUUAUUUAGUUCAACCUGAAGGGAAAGUUCGCCUUUUUGUUUGUCUUAUGUUUGUCCUGAUUUGGAGUGCAGCGUGACGCUUACAAUGUGUCUAAACUUUAACCUAACGCCUUAUGUUCUAAUGCCAAGGUGGCGUGUUUGAUUUGUGCCUGUGGUACAGAGAAAAAUCAUUGUUUCAUAGAGUGCCUGUCACUACAUUCUGCUAACUUAUGAAUAAAUUCAACACGUGUAAAUGAA